AUUAUUUUCAGAGUACUGGACGAUUAUCUUCCAAUGGAAUUACUACAUACAUCGAUUGGGAACGGUGCUGUUAAGCAACUGAUUGCCGUCACUGGAAAAACACACCAAGUCUAUUCACAACUGCGAAAUCAUACACCAAUACCAAAUGUCAAAAUCUACUACACCACUCCAAAAAUCGGUGAUUUACCUGAGUGGUAUCACUAUGGGAAAUCGGUCAGAGUGCCAGAUCUAGUAUUGGUUGCCCAGCCAGGAUACGCUAUCCUUACGCGAGAUUCCCGCAAGCAAGUUCCUCAGCGGAAACCACAAGAGGUUCUUGCCGGUAUGAGCGGCUAUAACAAUCACUAUCCAGAAAUGCUUGGCGUUUUCCUAGCUUACGGACCAGGUAAAAAUUUUGAUUUGAUUGUCGUCCCUGCUUAG